AUCUACAUCCCAAAAUAACACGUAUCAAUCCUCUAAUUCUCUGCCUGCAGAGUUCGCGCUGCGAGGAAACCAUAGAGGCCCUGCACCCAUUUCAGAGGGAGUGAAGGGGUUUCGAAGAUGACAACGAUCCGCAGGUUUUGCUGUAACGAUCUCCUCCGCUUUGCUUCCGUUAAUCUCGACCAUCUCACUGAAACUUUUAACAUGUCCUUCUACAUGACCUACCUAGCAAGAUGGCCGGACUUUCCAUAUUUCCAUGUUGCCGAAGGUCCUGGCAACCAAAUCAUGGGUUACAUUAUGGGGAAAGUGGAGGGGCAAGGAGAGUCCUGGCAUGGUCAUGUUACUGCAGUAACUGUUGCCCCUGAAUAUCGUCGACAGCAGUUAGCCAAGAAACUGAUGAAUCUACUGGAAGACAUAAGUGACAAGAUUGACAAGGCUUUCUUCGUGGAUCUCUUUGUAAGAGCAUCAAAUGCGCCUGCUAUAAAGAUGUAUGAAAAGCUUGGCUAUGUCAUAUAUCGGCGAGUGCUCCGCUACUAUUCCGGGGAAGAAGAUGGAUUAGAUAUGAGGAAGGCAUUAUCGCGUGAUACUGAAAAGAAGUCUAUCAUCCCUCUUAAACGGCCGAUCACUCCUGAUGAAUUAGAGUAUGACUAAAUCUGCUCUCUAAGGAACUAUAUUGCAUGAGCCGCCUUUUCUCUUAUUUUUAUUUUACUGAAAACAAGUGUGUAGGUUUUCCAUCUUGCAUGUGCCUAACUGAUCUGGAUUUAUAACCUAUACUCUGUUAGAAACUUGAGGAAGUAACUGUGCUCUUUUGGAAGUUUUCCUUUAUAGCCCGGACAUGAUAACAGCAUUGAUACAUUAUUAUGCUUAGUACACAUGCAAGAGGGAAUGAGCAGAGGGAGAGGGAGAGGCAAAAAAAAUUAAUUUGAUAUGUUUGCUAGGCCUGCAUGGGCUUCCUUAGUAUAAAGGCUUUCCAUUCUGAAGAUUCCUUUGCAGUUUUGAUGGGAAGGAAAAUUUUUCAA